AUGAGCAUAUUGUGACCCAUUGUGUACAGUUCAGCACAGCCGCUGUAGCUGAGGACAGCGAGCGCUAAAAUCUCCUUUCACGUAAAUAACUGCGGGGUGAAGGCGUGGUGAGCGUGGAAGAAAGCAAGCGUGCGCGAGUAGCCCUACGAGAGAAGGCUACUAAUAGUUGAUAGCGAUACAGUUCACUGACUCUGUCCUCCUUUUGCUGAAAACAUAACAGGGAUGCAUUGAAUGAGAUUCCAAUAUGCCAGGGGAGACCUAUUUUAGAUUCAAGAAACCAACCAGCUGAAAUAAAAGGAAACGCCCAAAACGAAGAUGACGGAGGGGAGACUCUGCCAGGUCCAUCUCCUUGAAGACAGGAAACUUGAGCUGCUGGUUCAGCCCAAGCUGUUGUCCCGUGAACUGCUAGAUCUGGUGUCCUCCCAUUUUAACCUCAAAGAGAAGGAAUACUUCGGCCUAACAUUUGUUGAUGACAGUGGCCAGUGUAAAUACUUGCAGUUGGACCGGAGAGUUCUAGAACAUGACUUUUCUAAGAGGGCUACUGGGCCUAUUGCCCUCAACUUCCUGGUCAGGUUUUACAUCGAGAGUAUAACACUGCUGAAAGACAACGCAACGGUGGAAUUAUUCUUCCUAAAUGCAAAAGUUGCCGUCUACAAUGGGGAUAUAGAGGUGGAAAGUGAGAAUGUAUUCAAAUUAGCAGCAAACGCCUUGCAGGAAGCAAAAGGGAAUUACUCAAGCGAUGAAACCACCAGAAUAGAUCUGAAGAAGCUCCCAACUCUUCCCAACAAGGUGCUAAAGGAGCACCCAUCACUUACAUACUGUGAGGAUCGAGUGAUAGAGCACUACAAACAGCUGAAAGGAGUCUCCCGCGGACAUGCCAUAGUGCAGUAUUUGACUCUAGUGGAAUCCUUACCCACGUAUGGUGUUCAUUAUUAUGAAGUAAAGGACAAGCAAGGUAUCCCAUGGUGGCUUGGGAUCAGCUACAAAGGAAUUGGCCAAUAUGAUUUGCAGGACAAAUUGAAACCAAGGAAGCUGUAUCAGUGGAAGCAACUGGAGAACUUGUAUUUUCAGGAGAAGAAAUUUGCUGUUGAGGUGAAUGACCCUCACAGGCGGGCAGUGACCAAGCGUACAUUCGGCCAGACCGGCUUGGUCAUCCACACAUGGUACGCCAGCCAUUCACUGAUCAAAACCAUCUGGGUCAUGGCCAUCAGUCAGCACCAGUUUUACUUGGACAGGAAGCAAAGCAAGGGUAAAAUAACUGCAGCGAAAAGUUUGGGUGAUAUUGCCGUCGAUCUAACAGAGCAUGGAGGAGGAACCAAGAUAACCAGACUAGGAGAUAACCUAAAGCACAAUCUCGUUAUGGCUAGCACUGGUAGCCUGGCGUCAACAGGGUCUGCCGAUUCAACGGUGGAUGAAGAGCAGAGAAAGGAGAAGAUCUCUGAGCUAAAGAAGAAGGAACAAGAGAUCCAAGACGUCUUGACCCAGAAAACAAAGGAGCUGAAGAAAAUCUGCUUGCUGGAGGCAGAGCUCACGGGCAAACUGCCAAAAGAGUAUCCCUUGUUUGCAGGCGAGAGACCUCCUCAUGUCAGACGACGCGUUGGAACGACCUUCAAACUGGAUGACCUCUUCCCAUACAACGAGGACCCUUAUCUGAGGAACCUGGAGAGCAGGUUUGCUCUGCAGCAGAAGAUCGUAGAAGCAGCUAAGAAGCUGGCCUCAGAGGCAGAGCUCUGUAAGACGGUGAAGAGGAAGAGGCGGAGGAACUGUCAGGACGCCAUGAGGAAACUGCAGCAGGUUGAAGACGAGAUGAACCAGUACAGAAUCAAGAAAGGCAAGAAGCCUACCCAAAGAGCCUCUGUGAUUAUCGCAGAUGAAUUUAUUCGUUUAGAGACCAGCUCCCUGUCAGAUAGUCAGAUUCUGGAUGACGAUGACUCUGAUGGUGCUCAGAGGCCCCGGUCACGGUCUGUCCAGUGCUCCCCUCAGCUCAGCCCCGCGCACUCCCUAAAUCACCACAACAACAAGAGUCUCAACAGGUUAGCGUUUGACGGCCAGGAUGCUUCACACCACUACCACCCCAGAGAGGUGUCAUCCGCACACAGCAGCCCCUACAAAACCUUACCCAGACCUCCACGGGACGCACGCAGCAUGCCCUCCACCCCCGUUAUGACCCGCAACGCCUACAGUAGCAGCCAUCUCAGGUCAGAUGGGAACUCUCAGUCCUUCAGGCACCGCAGUGGGAGUCUGGAGUCACAGCAACAGCUAUUAAAGGAUACUGACUCAGAGAAGCCAGUGUUUACCCAGUCCCCUGCCAGCAGGAACAACAGCACAGAAGCCCUGGGGGACUGCUCCUCCUACACCAGCCAGUCCAGCUUGGACUAUGCAGGCAAUCCCCACUACUGCACCCUGGACUCUCGGACCAGCAACCAUCAGCUGCACAGGAGGGUGGAGGUCUACGGUAAUACAGGCAGUAUGCCCAAUUUGGUCCAGAACCAUAUCGGCUUUAGUGAUACUUAUGAGCCCCAGGCACACUACGCGCCAACUGCUUACUACGUGGCAGGCUACCCCUGUCCAGACAUGGAGCCCUACUCCAACGGUGCUUACGUCUAUGAGAACGAGAUGGAGGGCCACUACAAUGUCAACCCCUCCUACCAAGUCCACAAUUACGGACACGAGCGAUACAGGACCUACAGUAGUGAUCGGGCGGACAGCCUUGCUCAGAACCCCUACGCUACCAUGAGAUUGCCCCGGACCAGACAUGGACCCCGCAAUGAGCCCUUACAGAAGAACAUGCAGAAGGCCAUUGUGGCUGAGCACCUGAGAGGAUGGUACCACCGCAGCGGGGGCCACAUAGAGGCAGGUCGAGGUCUGGCUGGGUAUGACUACUAUAACGGCUCUCAGCUCAGCCUUGGAUACCAGACCAUGCCAGCCCCCUUCAGCCACUCCAGCCGAACCACCUCCUACUCUUCAGUUUCCUCAUCCACCAGCACAGGAAACUGGCGCAGCCAGCUAACUGUGGGUCUAACAGACAAUGAUAACAUGGCAGAGUCACCACAGCACCAUCACCCGUGGCACCUACAACCGGAGCCCCACCCAUAUCAGAUUGAAGCUGUAAAUGAGAAUGUGUUCAGUCAACUUACCAGGAGAAUAUACAUGGAUGGAAAUUACAUGAGCAUCCACUGAAGGUAAGAGGACUGGAAUGAAAUCUGUCACAAUGACCCUGACACUGGAAGCACAGACCUCUGGAAGGAUGCCAACUAACCAAUCUGUAUACAUACUAUGAAGCUUGAGAAUGACUCUCCCAUGUGCCUUGGAUUGGAUGGAGGUCGAUAUUAUUCAGGAAGACAUGGAUGAGGUGAUGGCACAAAUGCAAAGUUUUGCUGAUCUGGAAAAGCAGCUUCAUCAUUGUGAAUUUCAAACCCUGGGAUACCUUUGACCCAAAUAUAUUGAACCUAUUGUAUUAUGUCAUUAUACAUAUUGUAAAUCAACUUUAAUAUCUUUGUAAAACAUUUAGGUUUACAUUUUGGAGUUAUUAUUCACAAAAUGUGAUAACAAAAUAAUAAACUUAACCUUCUUUAGUCCCAGGUUAUCAAUCCAUGGACUGACACUCUCUCCUCUCCCAAGUAUGAAUCUGAAUGUACAUGUUUAUAGAUUAAUAUUAUUUGUGAAUGUGUUAUUGUGGUGUAAAUUGCUUGCAUGUGGAGAACAUAAACUUUUGAUAAGUAGGUUUUUGUAUUAUGUAAAAAGAUAUGUCUUUGAACUGGAUAACCCUCAAAUAAUAUUCCUUUAUUUGUUUCUCUACAUAUUUCUACAUUGUCCAUGUAUUGUUUGUCUUCUCCUACUCUGAGUGAAUAUCUCCCAUUUGGAUUUGGGACAUUAAUAAAAACCAGUGUGAGACUUUA